AGUUGUUUGCAAAACUUCAUUGACGUAAUAUGUAUUCGAUUUUAAAACUGUGAUAUUUUUACGUGUUUUUAAUUAUUGUAAAUCAAUUAUUAUAAUACAUGAAUAGUGUUGUGAUAAUUUGUACUGUGUUUCAUGUGUUUUGGAAGUGAUUAAUUUUGGAUAAUUGACCCUAAAACCGAUGCUGUGAUGCUGCAACUAAGGCCGUAGUAUCCCAGCAUGAGACAGUGCUUCUUACUGGCUCUGCUGGUAGCCAGCAGUUGCGGGGGCGAUGAUCUUCUCGACUUUCCAUACAACUCCAGCGCUUACCAAUGGGUAGGGGAGGGGAUAACGUCCGGUUGCCUAGCAACCAAGAUGAUAGCUCAAGUGGAGGUGUCGUGUGCCCUUCCAGAGAGGGUCACGGUGUCUGUGGACAGUGGGGGGGAGGGCGUGCAGGUUGUUUGUGAAGACAGUACCUACACCUGUACACACAUACAACAAGUCAAACCGUACAUCACAAACUACACACACACGCACGCACCCAAAACUGUCAGAUACCUCACACUUGAUAGCUGUCAACCCCCACAACCCCUGUCAUGUGUGCUAGAUAUCAUUGACGGGAACGGUGUGACGAGAUUGACGGUCAAACAUUUGGAUGUACACCUGACAGAGGGACAUUUUGACGGGCUGGGUAAUGUGACAGCGGUGGUAUUUUUGUAUGCGGCACCCAACGUAACCAUCCCCUACACAGCGCUUUCAACCCUGAAAGCGCUGCAAUAUUUAAAAUUCACGGGUGGUAUAAUACAACCAAUGCAUAAAGCGCUUAAAUCGCUGCAAAAGAUCGAAAUAGCUGAAAGUGCUAUACCCAAAGUGGAUAGGAAUUUGUUUAAAGGUUCAACAGGGUUGGUGCAAGUGUCGUUGUGGGGUAAUAGUGUUGGGGUAGUAGAGGGGGACGCUUUUGACGACCUCCCUCAUCUCCAAAACGUUAGUUUAAACUCGAACGGUCUAACGCACCUCCCCCACACCAUAUUCACGAACACCCCCCACAUUACUUACUUGGAUCUAUAUAAUAACGACUUCAGUGUCAUACAGACGGACACGUUUAAAGGACUGCAAGAAGUUAGGGAGAUAUUACUCUUCGGUAACAGAAUACCGUUAAAACUAGAAGAUUCAGUGUUCGCCAACCUGCCAACACUGACUAACCUUGACUUACAUGAAAACGAUCUUACCGAAUUACCUCCCCAUAUAUUUACAAACAGUACUAACAUACAAAAAAUAGAUCUUUCAUACAAUAAAUUGGCAACACUUAAUCCAGUUUUUACUGGUAUAAACUUAAAUAACUUGGAUCUAAGUCACAACUUGUUACAAGUGUUGCCAACUAACUUAUUCCAAGAUCAGACUAAGUUAGAAAUAUUGGAUCUAAGUUACAAUAACUUGACAGAGUUGCCAAGUGGUUUAUUUUCGACUUUGAACAGUUUAAAUGUUUUGAGGGUAACCGACAAUAAAUUGGGAUAUUUGGACGGCGGUGCUUUUUUGGGACUAUCUAACUUGAAAGAACUAUACUUAGACAACAAUAAGUUGAAAAUGUUGCAAACGAACACUUUCGACUUGGUCAAUAACUUGCGGGUACUCUCAAUUUCCCACAAUUACCUAACUUUCACCCCCCCUACCCCCUCCGGCUAUUCUAACUUAGAUCACCAAUCCCCGUUAUCAAGUUUAAGUGAUCUAGUUAAGUUGGAUCUGGAUCAUAACUUAAUAAGUAACAUUUGUGAAGAUUGGCGAAGUGUGAUGGUCUACUUGAAGUAUUUGGAUCUAUCAUAUAAUAGGAUCGAUGAAGUGACUGACAUCGACCUAUCCUUCAUAGGCUCCGCCACAGUGGACUUACGUCACAACAACAUCACGACGAUCCGACUAACCGACACGACAUAUCUAACCGACACGAUAUAUCGUACCGACACUACCGACACACCUCUGGAAAUUCUCUUAGACAAUAACCCAUAUAACUGCGACUGUUCCCUUUACACACUACUCAAAUAUAUGAAAAAUAAUCCAAAAAAUAGUCGUUUAAUAUUGGGUAACGCGCAGUGUGUAAAACCAAACGAUUUGUCGGGCAACAAGUUGGCCAACUUGUCGCCCAACAAAUUGGUUUGCGAAUACAAACGUUGCCCACAAAAUUGUUCUUGCUUCGUUCGACCGGCGACUUUAAAAUAUGAGAUAUAUUGCAAUAAAUCGCUAGACAAGUUGACCGAUUUGCUGCCCGAUUUACCAGAUGAGUUGAAAAACGCUGAAUUAAGUCUAAAAAAAUCGACAGAUUUAAGUUAUUUACCAAGUUAUGUUACGUUGGUUAACUUAACUGGUUUAAAUUUAACAGACGCGCCUAAAGUUAAUAUUGCAACUACGAUAGAUUUAAGUAACAAUAACUUAACUCAAGCACCAAUAGAAUUACUUAAAAACAGCUGUUCUUUAUAUUUAUCGAAAAAUCCAUUUAAAUGCGAUUGUUCCUAUAAAAACAGUUUACAAAUCUUACGACAAUAUAAAAACAACAUUUUAGACUAUGGUCUAAUAGCUUGCGAUAAUUCUGAAGUUAUCUCUUCCAAAAAUAUCGACUCUAUAUGUGUUCUGCGAUACGCUAUUAUAGCUAUAUCUUCUCUGGCCUUAUUAACUAUUAUUUCUAUAACUUUGAUACUAAGUUAUUACAAAAACCGUGUUGUCAUACGAAUUAUUCUUCGUAAACUCGGUUUUACAAUCGCCGAUGUUUUACCAGAAGACAUAAAAUAUGACGCUUUCAUAAGUUAUGCGCACCAAGACGAAAAUAUAGUGACGAAUAAAAUUCUACCAAAUUUGGAGGGUAGGAAGAAAUUAAAAUUGUGCAUACACACUCGUGAUUGGCUGGUCGGGGAUUGGAUCCCCGAACAAAUAGCGAGAUCUAUAGAUCAAUCGCGAUGUACUAUAAUAGUUUUGUCGAAAGAUUUCGUUGAGUCAAUAUGGGGUAGUUUGGAAUUUCGCACCGCACACACUAAAGGCAGGAUCGUAAUACUAGUUGUAGAUGAUGUUUAUCAAAAAACUAAUCUAGAUAGUGAUUUAAAGGCAUAUUUAACAUUAAAUACAUAUAUAAAGUUGGACGAUCCUUUAGUUUGGGAGAGACUAAAUGACGCCAUUUUAGUACACGGGAAGAAUAAAAGUUUAAAGGAAGUUAGUGAGAAAAUAGCGCCCGUUUUGCUAAAUGUCAAGUUGAAUAAAGAUGGCAAACUGGUUAAUACUGCGCCGGGGGUUUAGAAAUAAUGUAUUUUUGUUAUAACGUAUAUUUUGAGGGUUAAAUCUAUAAAAUGAGGUUAGUUUUUAUUUUUAACUUGCCUCUGAGUUUCUGUAUGAAACAACCUUUAGUUAUGAAAACAAGAUAGGAAAGAAAUACUUUGAACGUAGAAAUAUAUAAGGUACUAAGAAAUCAAAAAUUUAUAAACUGACCUAAGUAUAGCAAUGUUCAUAUUUUUUCGUAAAAUAAUUGAAAACGACUGAACCUAUUAAAAUAAAAGUUUAAGUCAAUUUAGAUCAUGUGUCUAAAAAAAGGCAGAUAAAGUCUUCAUUAGAAAUAAAUCGCAAUUAAAAUCCGUUUUAAAAGCGAUUUCCCAGUUCCCACCUCUUUAUAAUAUAUUUUGCUUAUACUAAUUUCUACCCGAGACUUCGUUUGCAAAAAAGUUAAUAUUAUGAUUCCACGCAUUGCGUUAUGUGUAAGUAUGUACAAACAGACUGACAAAAAAAUAUUUUCUUUAAGUUUUUCUUACGGUGCAUUUACAUCAAACCAGCGAAUGCUCUUCUUCUCAUAGUGGGGACUAUGUGUAAAAAGGCGUAGAGCAUUCUUUCGUGAUUCUUAGUGCGUUCGAAAAGAUUAUAUACCUAUGCAAUGUUCUAAUACUGAACAACACUGAAUACGAGUUUUCGUUUACA